AUGACAUCAAAUAAUACCCUACGAGAAAACAGUGCACCGUUUUGUAACACAACUGAUGCCAUUCAAAAAUUGCGAUUACGCAUCUCAAACGCUCUGUCAAAAUUUCCAGCGUACGAUACUGAUUACUCACUUCUGCGGUGGUUGUCGGCUGAAAAUUACAACGUUGAGGCGACAGCAUUGAAAUUGGAAUCAGCAUUGUACAAACUCUCUGCUAUUGGUGCUUUCACGGAGAAUAUUAAUCGAUUGGAAGAUGCACAAAAUGUGUUUCCUUCUAUCACCGCAGUCGCUGAGUAUUUUCCAGGAGGUAUCAUGGGUGUUGACCGUGAUGGAAAUGUGAUUUGUAUACAGCCAAUGGGUCGAGUUCGACCAAGAAAUUUAAUUCCAACUGCGAGAGUAUCCGAAUUGUAUCGCGCUCUUAUUCUUGAAUGUGAAGCCAGUUUGGCAUUGGUCAGGAAUGAAGAGAAGAAACGUGGUCAUAAGGUCGGAGUGAUAAUUAUCACUGAUCUAGCGGAAUUAAGUAUCAGCAGUAUUUAUAUGCCUGCGUUACGCAUCUACAUGAAUGCUCUACAACUUCUUCAGUCACUCUUCCCAGGAUCAAUAAUCAAAAUUUACGUUAUAAAUGCACCAUCCGCUAUCGGUUUCCUUUAUCGAAUAGCCAGACAAGCACUCUCCAAGUUCCAAUCUCGAAAAGGACACAGUUCCUCAACUGGCAUCUUUAUUUAUCCGGUUCUAACGUUUCAGAACACAUUGGACCUCGUUGAAUUCUUGGGUGACAACUGGAAGGACGCAUUGAAAGAGCGCAUUGGCGAGGAAAAUAUUUUACCUUUUUGGGGCGGAACUAAACAAGCAAAUUCACCGACAGAUUCGAUUCGUAUGGGAGGAGAAAUAGAUGACCGAUUGAGGGAUGAGCAAAUAGCUUCUUUGAAGCGUAUUCCAAAAGAGCAGCUGACGACCGUUUGUGUUUCUGCACGACGCGAUACGGUCAUCAAUUUGGACGUUUCACAGCCACGGAGUGUUCUUUCUUGGUAUUUCACUGUAGCGUCUGGUGAUAUUGACUUCUGGAUUUCAUACGGCUCUCAUGAGGUAUGGCCACGAUUCCGUGUUUCAACAGAUUUCGUUGCUGAAUAUGGUGAAAUUUGUUGUGCAGAGAAAGGAAUUUAUACAGUUCAUUUCGAUAAUACCCAUGGCACUAUAUGGAGUAAACGUAUCGAUUAUAUGUUUCAGGUGAAUAACAAAAACAUCUCACCAUCUAGUAGUUUACCAAAUUGA